AUGGGCCGCCGAGUCAUUUCUUUUCUUCCUUCUUCGCUGCUGCUGCCCCGCCCGCUGCGGCUCUCCGCAGCAGCAGCAGCGCAGCGCAGGGCCCUGAGCACAGCGGGGGCCCCCUCGCCUCCUCCCCCGCCCGCACCAGCAGCAGCAGCAGCUGCUGCUGCUGCUGCUGCUGGUGCAGCGCAGGGCCCCCAGGAGCCCCCCGGGGGCCCCCUGCGGGUAGGCGUGCUGAUAGUGGGGGGGGGCCUCACGGGGCUUACAGCUGCGCACGAGCUGCUGCUGCUGCAGCAGCAGGGGGCCCCCCUGCCGGGGCCCCCAGCAGUUUCUAGCAGCCUUUUGUGGCGGCUGAGGGCCCCCGAGGGCUCCCCGGGGGGCCCCCAAGGGGGCCCCCCGGGGGGCCCCUUGUCUGCGUGUCAGUUUGACUUUCGCGCUGCUGCUGCUGCUGGCGCUGCUGCUGCUGCUGCUGCUGGCGCUGCUGCUGCUGCUGCGGCGGCGGCGGCUGCAGCAGAGGAGCUUGAGCAGCCAGAGGACCUGGAGGGCCCCGAAGAGCAGCAUGGAGGCGCGGUAGAGGGCCCUGCGGGGGGCCCCCAGGGGCCCCUCGAGGGGGCCCCCGUCGAGGGCCCCCCAGAGCUCGGGAAAGAGGCAGCAGCAGCCGUAGGCCAGGCGGGCCCCACAGAAGCUUAG